AUGGAUUUACGGAAUAAGCUAAGCAUGAUGAUGACAACGCGACGCCUCCCCUCGAGAACAACGACGACGACGUCAGCCCCCUCAACGAGAAAGAUCGUCAAGACCAGAGCUCGAUGCGAGUGGAGCUUCUCCCUCGCCGCCGCCGUCUCCCCCGCCACCGCGAGCGUCUCUGACGUCCUCGGCGCCGUCGAGCUCGGCCUCCGCCGCCUCCUCGCAACCGCGGCAUUUCUCGAAAAUCCGAGUCUACAACCCCAAUCCCUCCUCAACCGCCAAGGAGCCACCUCCGAAGACUUCUACAUCUGCACGCCGGCGAAGCUCAGCAGCCUCCGCUGGCGCCCCGAUUCCGGAACCUCCCCCACCGUCGCCGCUGGCGACUACGACGGGCGUCACAGAGAUACGACGUCGGCCGAGAAUCCCGUCUCGAGCGCGACGAGCACGGGGGCCGCCCUGCGCGUACAUUACGACCUGCGCAACAUGAAGCAGCCUGCACUGAUAUUUUCCGGGCACCAGAAGACGGUCACGUACGUGCGGUUCGCGCGUAACGGGCGGGUAGUCACGUCGAGCGUCGACGGGAUGUCAACCGCGAUGUGGGAUGUGUCGAACGGAGAGGAGGUGAGGGCUUACAGAGGGCAUAGGAACGCGAGGAGCUUUGUAGGGAUGGAUGUUUGUAACGGAGGCGGGCUUAUCGGAUCCGGGUCGGAGAGCAAUGAGGUCUUCGUUUACGAUUUGAGGUGGGGGGAUCCGAUAUGGGUUCAAGAUUUUGGGGAAGAGGAUGAGGGAGAGUUUGUGAGUGCAGUUUGUUGGAGGGAGAUCGGGGAGAAUGAGUGUGCGUUGGUCGCUGGAGGUUCAAAUGGGGUAGUUAAAGUAUUUGAUGGGAGCAGAGUUGUUUGAUCUUUCAGAAAAAAAAAAUAGAUGGGAAGAUGAUUUUUUUUUUCUUUUUCAGUUUCUAACAGAUGAAGAACAGAACAGAAAAUAAAAGAUUAAUUUGUUGAAUAAGGAAUGAUUUCUUACAGUCAUAUAUGCAUCUGUUCCAUUCUUUCGCCACAGGUAUUGGGUGCGUGAACUAUGUACGUAGUUCAAAUUUCUCACGUAAAGGAAUA